CCGCGUGCGGCCGGCGGCGGCUGGGCGCUGACAUGCGGCGCGGCCCGGGCGGCGGCGGCAGCGUUGGCGGCGGCGGCGCGAACGGCGGGCGCCGGAGCAGAGCGAGCAGCCGAGCGGGUGGCGUCCCGGGUCGGGCGUACGGAGGGCGGCGAAGGUGCGGCCCGAAGCCAUGGUGAUCAUGUCGGAGUUCAGCGCGGUCCCCUCAGGCACUGGCCAGGGCCAGCAGAAGCCCCUCCGAGUGGGCUUUUACGACGUGGAACGGACCCUGGGCAAAGGCAAUUUUGCAGUGGUUAAGCUGGCGCGGCACCGAGUCACCAAAACGCAGGUUGCAAUAAAGAUAAUUGACAAGACUCGGUUAGACUCUGGCAACCUGGAGAAGAUCUACCGGGAGGUCCAGCUCAUGAAACUCCUGAACCACCCAAAUAUCAUCAAGCUUUAUCAGGUUAUGGAGACAAAGGAUAUGCUCUACAUUGUCACAGAAUUUGCGAAAAACGGAGAAAUGUUCGAUUAUCUGACUUCCAACGGACACUUGAGUGAAAAUGAGGCUAGACAGAAAUUCUGUCAGAUCCUGUCAGCCGUGGAGUACUGCCACAACCAUCACAUCGUCCACCGGGACCUCAAGACAGAGAACCUACUGCUGGACAGUAACAUGGACAUCAAGUUGGCAGAUUUUGGAUUUGGGAAUUUCUACAAGCCAGGGGAGCCUCUCUCCACGUGGUGUGGGAGCCCCCCCUAUGCAGCUCCUGAAGUCUUCGAAGGGAAGGAGUAUGAAGGUCCCCAACUGGACAUCUGGAGCCUCGGUGUGGUGCUGUAUGUCCUGGUCUGUGGUUCCCUCCCUUUCGACGGACCCAACCUGCCUACGCUGAGACAGCGCGUGCUGGAGGGUCGCUUCCGCAUCCCCUUCUUCAUGUCUCGAGACUGUGAGACACUGAUCAGACGCAUGCUGGUAGUGGACCCAGCCAAGCGCAUCACCAUCGCCCAGAUCCGCCAGCACCGGUGGAUGCAGGCUGACCCCACCCUCCUGCAGCAGGACGACCCUGCCUUCUCCAUGCAGGGAUACACCUCCAAUCUGGGCGACUACAACGAGCAGGUGCUGGGUAUCAUGCAGGCCCUGGGCAUCGACCGGCAGAGGACCAUAGAGUCUCUGCAGAACAGCAGCUACAACCACUUUGCCGCCAUUUACUACCUCUUGCUCGAGCGCCUCAAGGAGCAUCGAAGCACCCAGCCCUCAUCCCGGCCCACCCCUGCACCUGCCAGACAGCCCCAGCUCCGAAGCUCAGACCUCAGCAGUCUGGAGGUUCCUCAAGAAAUCCUCCCAUGUGACCCUUUCCGGCCCUCUCUGCUGUGCCCGCAGCCCCAGGCCUUGGCUCAGUCAGUCCUGCAGGCUGAGAUAGACUGUGAUCUCCACAGCUCACUUCAGCCCUUAUUUCUUCCCCUGGAUACCAACUGCAGUGGAGUGUUCCGGCACCGCUCCAUCUCCCCCAGCAGCCUGCUGGACACAGCUAUCAGCGAGGAGGCCAGGCAGGAUCCUGUCCUGGAGGAGGAACAGGAGGUCCAGGAACCCCUUCCUGGCAGCACAGGCCGGAGGCACACACUGGCUGAAGUCUCCACCCAUUUCUCCCCGCUCAACCCUCCUUGCAUAAUCGUCUCCUCCUCUGCCACGGCGAGUCCCUCGGAAGGAACAAGCUCCGACAGCUGCCUCCCCUUCUCUGCAAGUGAAGGUCCUGCAGGGCUUGGUGGUGGCCUAGCCACCCCAGGGCUUCUGGGCACCAGCUCUCCAGUCAGAUUGGCCUCACCCUUCCUGGGAUCACAGUCGGCCACCCCUGUGCUCCAGACGCAUGCAGGUCUGGGCGCAGCUGUCUUACCUCCUGUCAGCUUCCAGGAGGGACGGAGAGCAUCGGAUACCUCCCUCACUCAAGGGCUGAAGGCCUUCCGGCAGCAGCUGAGGAAAAACGCGAGGACCAAGGGGUUCCUGGGUCUGAACAAGAUCAAAGGAUUGGCACGCCAGGUGUGCCAGUCCUCCCUCCGAGCCCCCCGGGGAGGGGUGAGCACCUUCCACACCCCCGCCCCAAGUUCAGGCCUACAGGGCUGCACGGCCAGCAGUCGGGAGGGCAGGAGCCUGCUUGAAGAGGUGCUGCACCAGCAGAGGCUGCUCCAGUUACAGCACCACACAGCCGCCUCAUCUGGCUGCCAGCCGGGCCCCCAACUGUCCCAGGGCCCCCAACUGUCCCCGGUCCCCUACGUGCUCACUCCCUGUGAUGGCCUCCUCGUGUCUGGAAUUCCACUGCUGCCCACACCUCUCCUCCAGGCUGGCAUGUCCCCUGUGGCGUCUGCCGCGCAGCUCCUGGAUACCCACCUGCACAUCAGUGCUGGCCCAGUGACCCUCCCCACCGGGCCCCUGCCACAGUGCCUCACCAGGCUGUCCCCAAGCUGCGAUCCUGCCGGGCUGCCACAGGUGGACUGCGAGAUGGAGGACCUGACCUCUGGCCAACGGGGGACGUUCGUCCUGGUACAGUGAGGGUGACUCUGCCGCACCACCCCACCCCCACCCACCGUGGCCGAUUGACUCUUCCAAGCAAUAAUUUCAGAGUAUGUGAAGAUGGUUUCCGGACUCAAAAGCCAAGAACUUUCUAGACGUGAAACAAGCAAUACGUUUGGUGUAUGGGCUUUUUAGGAUUUUUGUUGUUUUUGGUUUGGGUUUUUUUUUGUUGUUGUUUUUUGUUUUUUUUUUUUUUUUU